AUGGAAGGAGCUGACGAUAUUGAUUUGAAUGCUGAUGGAAUGGAAGAGGAUCGCUCACAAACGAUUGAUCUUUCAUCUGAAGCUUGCCUUGUCAUUGAAAUUUCAGACGCGUUAAGCGAACGUGAUAAAGUUAAAUUUACUAUUCACACACGGACGACGCUGCCUGAAUUUAAAUUGCAUGAUUUCAGCGUUACUCGCGAUCAUGAAGAGUUUAUUUGGUUGUAUGAUCGCUAUCAAGAUAACGAAAAUCUUGAAGCUUAUAUCAUUCCUCACCCACCUCCUAAGCCCGACUUUGACACUGCCAGGGAAAAAUUGCAAAGAUUAGGAGAAAGUGAAGGGGUUCUAACCAAAGAAGAAUUUGAUAAGAUGAAACAAGAGCUGGAAGCUGAAUAUCUUGCUACCUUUAAAAAAACCGUCGCCAUGCACGAGUUAUUCCUGACGCGUUUAGCCUCUCAUAGCGUAUUACGGAACGAUUCCAAUUUUAGAGUAUUUCUUGAAUAUAACGGCGAUGAUGCAGACGAUUUCUUUGAAAACGAAAAACGUUUUUUGGUUGAUUAUCAUACCAGGGUGAAAGAGGCACUGAAAGCGUCUGAUAAAAUGACUAUUUCCCACAAAGGCACUGCCGGCUGUUACCUAAGUAUUGGCUCUGCAACAAAUCAAAUGGGGACUUCUGAACCAACUAGCCUUAAUAAAUUCUUAAGUCGAUUUGGUGGGCUAAUAGAAAAAUAUCGCAAAAUUGAUAAUCGUGUAGUUGCUGAUGAAGACCUGAAAUUGUCGGACAUUUUACGUUAUUAUGCACGAGAUCUUUCCUCAGCCAAAGAUCUAUUGUAUCGUCGAUCUCGAUGCGUAUCAAGCUAUGAAAAUGCAAAUAAGGGGUUAGAGAAGGCAAGAAACAAAAAUAAGGAUGUGCAAACGGCUGAAAAGGUACAACAAGCUGCUCGUGAAAAGUUUGAAAACAUGUCAGAAAUAGCUAAGCAGGAACUACUCGACUUUAAGCAAAAGAGGGUUACAGCGUUUAAGAGAAAUCUAUCUGAACUGGCAGAGUUAGAAUUAAAGCACGCAAAGAUUGCUGCUCAGUUAUUCCGAAAUACGAUCAGUGCUUUGAAAGAAAUUGCCUAG